AUGUUUUUCAGAUGCAUCGGCAUUUCCCAGAUCGCUUCCUAUUUCAUGGCUGGUUUGAUUCUUGGGCCUCAACUGUUUGAUCUUCUGGAGAAAUUAUCGGAAAAGCUAUCUUUGGAUCCCGCGUUGGAUGGAAGCGCGGCGUUAAGAGACGUCGGAGUGUGUGGAAACAUAAUGCUUGCAUUCUUAAUGUCAGUUAGAAUUAGCCGUCGAUUAGCAUUCAACAGCGGGCCAUUGCCCAUCGUGAUCGGGAUCUUGACCUUCGCCGUUCCUCUAUUCGGCGGCUUCUGUUUCCGAAACCUCUACACAGACAAUAUCGAUCCUUACUACAUGCCACCAAAGAAAGUCCUCGCCGAGCGCAUUGUGAUUAUCUCAAGUCAAUCCUCAAUUCUCUUGCCCACCGUCACUUACGUCCUCUCCGAACUCAAAAUCCUUAACUCAGAGCUAGGUCGUCUUGUAUUGUCUUCAGCCAUGAUCAACGACGUCCUCGGGAUCAUUGUAAGCAUACUCGCUUAUGCCGCAGGAACCUACAAGAAUGUCUCCCACGCAACAGCUUAUCGUGACAUUAUAGCCGUGAUCGUCUUCUUUCUGAUCGUCUUUUUCAUUUUUAGGCCGGUCGUAGAAUGGAUAGUAGAUCGUACGCCAGAAGGCAAACCUGUGGCGAAUAUGUAUAUACACGUUGUGAUUCUGAGUGCAUUUGGCUCUGCCGCUUACUCCUCGUUCUUCAAUAUGAAAUACCUGUUGGGACCAUUCACGGUCGGCCUCAUCAUACCGGGCGGCCCACCUUUAGGAUCUGCCUUGGAAGCCAAGUAUUAUGAUUUAACUAUGGACGUGCUAUUACCGAUUGCAAUCGCAUUCAGUACGAUGAGAUGUGACAUAAUGAAGAUCAUAUACGAGUUUGAUGACAUAAGGUACAACAUGUUCUUAACGGCUCUAACGCUCGCUUUGAAACUAGCCGCUGGCAUCGCACCUUGCUUGUACUGCAAGUUACCACUCAAUGAGGCCUUUGCCAUUUCCAUCCUCUUAAGCUGCAAGAGUUUCUCCGAAAUCUUUCUCUAUGAAUCAACACUCGACGAUUCGUUGAGUUCGGUAAACAUGAGCAUAUUCACUGCCUUCACACAUGAGAAUCUGAUGCACGAUGAAAUCUGCACCCUCGCACUUGAUCAGACCACGUCGAUGAUUAUCAUUCCAUCCGGGAGGAAAUGGACCAUAGAUGGGGCGUUUGAAUCAGACAACGAGGCCAUAAGGCGUCUCAACGUGUCCUUACUCGAGCACACGCCUUGUUCUGUUGGGAUACUCGUGGAUCGUGGAAAUUUCUCGUGUAAGGACACGAGAGAGUACAACAUUGAUGUAGGUGUGAUAUUCAUUGGAGGCAAAGACGAUCGUGAGGCACUUUCACUGGUGAAGAGGAUGAAGAUUAACCCAAUGGUUACUAUAAGUGUGAUAAGAUUUGUCUCUAACCAAGAAACAGAGCAGACGAAUUGGGAAUGCAUUCUUGAUCACGAGGUUUUAGAAGAUCUGAAAGAUAUAGAGGCUACAAAUUGUAUUGGAUAUACAGAGAGGAUUGUGACGUGUGGUCCUGAAGUGGCCACAACUAUCCGAUCGCUCUCUAAGGAUUAUGAUCUUAUGGUGGUUGGGAGAGAUCAUGGCACGGGAAUAGUAGACUUCUCGGGGCUCACGGAGUGGAUCGAACUGUCAGAGUUAGGUGUCAUCGGAGAUUUGUUAGCUGCUAGAGAUCUCGACUCUAGGGUUUCUGUUUUGGUAGUUAAACAACAAUAA